UCUUCUAAAUGUACGGAGGUCGUCGCACCAUAGAGACUCAUAGAAACACUUUUUUGCCUCAUUUCAUAUUUUCGCUUUUCCGUUCGCAUCCAAAUUGUGUGCCAAACAGUCUGCAUGAAAUUGCCUAAACGGUGACAUUGUGUCUAAUACCUAAAUUACAUUACAAAAUACGCUGGAAUUGACUAAAAAUCGGGGUGGACAAUUUAAAAUAUUUGCUCAGUUACUAAAGCCGCCUAUAUUCCUCCACCCCCAAAAAAACAAAGUGCAAAAUAUUAAAGUUAAUAGAGUUUUUCAUAUUUGGUCGUUUAUUAAAUUAUGUGAGUGCUAUAAAGUGGCACCCUCAUCUCUAUGGAUCGUGUUGUCUGGGUGUAAGCACAAAUAUAAAUUUAUCCCACCCUUCUUGUGGUGGAUAAACUGUCUUCGUGAUAACUCGUGAAGAAGUGCACAAGAGAGGAUAAUUGAGUGAAACAGUGACAAAAGCUUAUACUUUAAUUCCAAAUAACGAUUAUGCAAAUCAAAUUUGGAUUAAUGACACCUCAAGUUUAACGAGGAGACUUUGGGUUAUAAUAGAAGGCAUUCAACGACAACUCCGAAAUCCAAGGACAAAAAAAAUAUGUGGCCAAGUCCGUGGAGUGGCUCGGUGCUUGGGGAAUGUGGACAUUGAAGGAUAACAAAAGGGCCCUGGCACAUAACAUUUCAAUAAUUGAGUAAUAGAAUUGGAUGGAGUAAAUUGAACAUGGACAGGAGAUUUCCAGCGUUUGCAAAUUUGCAUAUUUGAUUGGGGGGUAAAUUUUCCAUUUGAACACACAAUUUCCAGUGGGGCGGGGUGAGAAAGAAAAAGAGGAAAAGUGUGGGGGUGUAAGGGUGUGACAGGCAGGAAGAAAUGAAGUGGAUUUUGGUGUUUAUCUUAUUCCUCUGCUACAUCAUUCGCCGAAUAAUGUCAUCAUGUCCAUCAGAGGUGUGCAUAUGCAAAUGGAAAGGUGGUAAGCAAACGGUGGAAUGUGGUGGCAGGAAUCUCCUCAAUCUGCCAGAACGUAUGGAUCCUGGUACGCAGGUGCUCAACUUCUCGGGGAACAGCCUUACAAAUUUACCCGCAGAGAGAUUUCUCAGGAUGGAACUGAUCAAUCUACAGAAAAUCUACCUAUCCCGAAAUCACAUCAUGAAGGUGCAUAGUAGAGCCUUCAAGGGUCUCACGAAUUUGGUUGAAUUGGAUCUCAGUGAGAAUAUGCUGACGAGUGUGCCAACGGAGACAUUUCAGGACUACUCGUCACUCAUGAGACUAUCACUCAGUCGAAAUCCCAUUAGGGAACUCAAGACAGCUUCUUUUAGGCACCUGUCGUACCUCACUACCUUAGAACUGAGUCACUGUCAGAUCGAAAUGGUGGAAAAUGAGGCCUUCAUCGGGAUGGAUAAUUUGGAGUGGUUGCGACUGGAUGGGAAUCGUAUGCACACAAUACAGGGUGACAACAUCCUCCCGACAUCGCUCCAUGGAAUUGAUUUGCAUGGCAAUCAAUGGCGAUGUGACUGCCACCUCAUCGACAUCCACAGUUGGCUCAUGAGCACAAAUGUCCCGCAGAUCGAGGAUCCUGUAUGUGCAUCCCCGGUCCGUCUCAUGGGCGUUCCGAUAAAGAGUGUUUCAACUGAAGAAUUGGCAUGUCUGCCCCAUAUAACACCAACAACGCUCUACUUGGAGAUUGCAGAGGGUAGAAAUGUGUCGUUAUAUUGCAAAAUAACCUCAAUACCGGAAUCUACGGUGUCAUGGUGGUUUCAGGGGCAGAUACUACAAAAUGAAUCAAUGGUAACAAACAAUUUGCAUCUCUACUACUAUAUUGAUGAGGGAAUUGAGGAGAAGCGCAGUGAUUUAUUCAUCUACAAUGCAAAUGCUGAGAAUAAUGGUACAUUUGCUUGUUUAGCUGAAAAUGCGGCUGGUCGUUCUCAGGCCAACUAUACAAUACGUGUCAUAGUGAAGGAGAAGCAAGUGGUUGAAGAUGCUACUGUCCUCACAGAUGAGCAUUUGUACAUGAUGUAUAGCAUUGGCGGUGGUGCUGGUGGAAUUUUAUUCAUCAUUGGAUGUAUUAUCAUCUGUAGAUAUGUUAGACGCUCCAAGGUACCUAAUGACAUCCGCAUUAAUGAAGUGAAUUUGGAUACUUCACCGACGGAAAAUCAAGUGCUCAAGACCCAUACAAACCACGAUAUUUCAUCACCUGACCCAAAUACAAUAAAUAAGCAUGGCAUUAAUGGUGGUGUAGCACCCAAUGGUACCAUCAAGAGUUCAACAGCGCUCCUAAUCACUGAUGAUAAUUUCAUGCGUAGGGUAGAUUCACCUCAGUCUGGUGGAAAUGCUGGGCGUACCUGUGGUGCUGCUGAUCCAAAUCCCGACUUAAUUAAUGAUGCCGAGAGUAAGGGUCAGAUGUGCAAUGAUGCACGAUUAAAUGCGUCACGCAUGGCUUGUCUACCGUCAGUGCGUAGUGUCAAUCGCGAUAUGUACUACGACACAGAUGUCCAUCUCAAUCCCAUCAAUCUGUUCAGUGCACAUGGAGAUUGUCCCAAAGUUACAAUGGUGCCACCAGAAAAGAUUCUCCAGGUCACAGAAUUUAGUCGUUUUGGCACCAUGCCCCAUCCAUCGCGUGUUAAAAUGCACACCUAUACACCACUUCGCUAUUCCCAGGAGGCAGAAUUCCUGAAGCAGUCAGAACAGCGCACCUUCGAUAUGUAUACCCCACCACCCAAUCUGCGGUGCACCGUAGAUGGUUAUCCCUACGGCACUCAAAUGGUGGCAUACAAGACAAACGACAGUCACUUCCCAUCACCACCUGAACCCUUUAAGAACGACAGCACUCUGUGCAAUCCCCUUGUGUCCUACAAUGCCUGGUACACCACCUCACCCCAACCCUGGCCACCAUGCCUGCCAGCCUACCAAAUAAAGGUAAAAGCCUGCGAUAUGACUGAGAAACGCUCCGCCUCGGCCCAAACAAUUCCUCCCCCCGAGGUGCCUGAGUGUACAGCUCCCGAAACCAUUGCCGAAGAUCCCAGUGAAGAGGCUGAGGAGAGGGCUGAGGCACAAAUGAAGAGGGAUACUGAUAGUGAAUGCGGCGAAGAGAAAUUGAAACACUUCCCCUUGGCUGAUAGUCCCGAUGAAGGAUAUGAAGACAUGAGUCAAGAGGGAAUGUGACGAACACAAGGAAAUGGUACAACUUCCACUUCAAAUAAAUUUUCCACAUCAUUCAAUGUUUUUUCGUACUGCAACUCAGCUGGAGUCCUUAUUGAGGAUGACGCUGUGGCACUGUAAUUAAUUUUCUAACACAACCCUAUACACACGUAUACACACACACACACCGAUAAUUACACUGCCUAGCAAGUAUGUCAAUCCACCUCAGAAGAAAAAGCAUUAAACAUAGUCAAGGACACACCUCUUGGGAUUGCUCAAAAUUCUCAAAGCCAUUCCUGGUAAGGUUGCUCCAGUGGAGGCGCCAGGUUUAAAAUAAAAUUAUGCUCAAAUAACAACACAGUAUUAUCCUGCAGCCUUCAAUGUGGCUUUGAAAUCAAUAUUUAUUGAACAUACCGACAAUAUUGACUUUCAAUUGUUAUGUUCUAAACAAAAUGAUGUGAAAACGCGUGGUUUUAGAGUCACGUAUCAUAUUACCAUGUGGAGACGCCUGGUGAUUCUACAAAUUCAAUGGAUUUUCAACAAAGUAGAAAAGAAAACUCGAUAAAUCACCUAAUUCUAUACUCCAGAGAAUACGAUUUUGAAUGAUUUUGUU